UUGGAUGCAGCCGCAGGAUGCGUAAUUUUUGUUAGCCUUUCAUCCUUUUCAUUUUCGAUUUCCAGUUUUUUCGUCUUUUAGUUUUGCAGUAUAAGAAAAACUGCAAUAAUACUUCUUCAAAAAUGCCGAAGAUGAGCCUACGAUCCAGCACGCGGGCAGCCGCCCGUGUUGCGCCGCCUGUUGCCGUAAGUGCAGCAGCGGCCGGAUCUGCGCCUGUGGCUGUCAUCAUCGAACAGUCGCCACAAUCCCCGCCGCCGUCGGCCGCCAACAUCGCAGGAGAUCCCGAACCUUCCCUGGGUCUGCCGCAGGAUAUCAGUGCUGCUGUACUGGAAGAGGCGUUCUGGUGCGAUAAAUGCGUAAAGUAUCUGGAUGAACCAUGCUGGGAACACGCAGCUCCGCUCAAAGAUCAGAAUGUCGAUCUGGCUACGUCUACGCUUCCGGACUCGUUGGUUGUCGAGCAGCGCGAAGGCAUGACAGAGAAAGGCAUAUUUGCGACUUGUGAUGUGCCGCGUCAGACCCUCUUCGGACCUCUGGAGGCGCCGAUAGGGGAUGAGCCAAGCUGUUUUGCGGUACCGGACGAGGAAAGCGGUGUCAAGUAUUACCAGCUGUCAUCCGACGAAGGCGUCAACUGGAUGAAGUUUGUCCGCUUCGCAGAAGGGAAGCACGAUCAGAAUCUGAGUGUGUUUCUGCGCGGUGCACAGAUCUUCUUCGUCAGCGUGAAAGACAUCGCUGCGCAGGAGGAACUGCGGGUGUGGUAUUCAAAAAAAUACAUGGAUUCCGUUGGACAUCUCUUAACCGCGUUGCCUCACACAGUUGCGGUGGUGGAGGCAGACGAUGAUGUGACAAUGGAGAGCACCGAGGAAGACGAAGUUAGCGAAGAAGAGACCAUGGAUGAAGAAGCUGUCCAGGAGCCUGAAGCGGAGGAUGAUAAUGGAUACGGAGAGCGUGUGACCAAUACUGAAAUGGUCACCGAAUCCACCGACCCAGAUUACAUCUCUAAAAAACCACCGGUCAUUAUUCAGCGUAUUAUCCGCGCCAACCGUCCAAAAUUUCCCUCCCGCUUAGCCACGGGCCCCUACACGCCCAAGAUCGAGCGGGUGAUCAUGAAGAAAACCCCCCAUCUCCUCCUGCAACUGAGUCCCAUGCCGCCGCCCAAACCCCGCUCCAACGGCCGGCCCACGCGCCACCCCUACCCCUUCGGAUGUGCGGACUGUGGACUGCACUUCCGACUGGACGAGCUCCUCCAGCUGCACUUAAUGGCUCAUGUCGCCGAGGAGGAUCGCCUCGAGAUGGAUCAGUACCACUGUCCGCAGUGCGGUAUCACCCGCAAGAAUUUGACCAAUAUCAUCAAACAUGUCAAGUCGCAUUCCCGAACGGCGGAGCAGCUGGAGUCGCGGAAGAAAGAAUGCCCAUAUUGUGGUCGGGAGUUUGUUAAUCUGCAAAAACAUCUGGAGACUAACCAUAAGGAUAAGAUUAUCAUCACCGUGGAAGGCGAUGAAGCGGAUGAGUGCCGGUGUAAAGAGUGCGGCUUCCAGGCGCGGACAAAGCAAGCCAUCACUAAUCACCUUAAGAAACAUCUUGAGCCAGAAAAGAACAUCCGUCGCUGUGUCAUCUGCCAAGACACCUUUCCUUUCACCCCGGUCGGCGCCACCGACCUGCAGAAACAUGUGGAGACGCACAUCGUUGAUGACUUGUUCCCUUGUGCCGAAUGCCCUAAAAGGUACACAACCUACCGCGGCCUAACCGACCAUUUCGGCACUAACCAUGAUCCAUCGCAAAAGUGCGCCUGCGAGAUCUGCCAGCGCGAGUUCAUGACCAGAUGGCGGCUCAAGCGGCACAUGCUAUCGCAUUCCAACAUAUUUAAUUUUAUGUGUGAGUUGUGUGGGAAGCAGUUCAAGAGUAAGGGGCAGCUGCAAAAACACAACAAGUACGUGCAUAUUGGCCUGAAACGGAUCCGACCCAGUGAGAAGGGACUGAAGAAAAAUUACAAGGAGCGCUUACGGCAGGCCUAUGAUUAUUCUCCCUUUAAAUGCCAUGAAUGCAAACUGGGCUAUCGGCAGCGCGGGAUGCUGCUGAAUCAUGUCAUGGCCAGACAUCCAGAGACUUCACUGGAUACUAUACCGGAUCAUUUUUCAUACCGCCAAAAAGUGACAAUUUGCAGCUUGUCGAGCAGGCAAAGAUGUCGUAUCAUCGCUAAUGUGCAGUGGUACUCGGUUGGUUUUCUGACUCUUCGCUCAGAGCUUUUUCCAUUUGGCCAACCCUGGCGUGCAGUAAUGGAGAGUGAGAGUGGUUUUGAGUCUGCACUGCUGCCAGCAACUGAAGUUUCCUUGACGUUAGACGCGGACAGUGGUCUCGCUCCGGUGGACGAUGGACAGUCAACGGCUGCUCUUUUGAAUGAAUUCCUGAAGGGAUUUCCUCAGGUUGCGACUAACGAGCCAAAUCUCCCGAAAUCGGUCGAGAACGCAUCGGCUGGCAUCUGGUGCGAUGGAUGCGGUCGACUGGUUGAGGAGCCGUGUUGGGAGCAUGCGUCAGCGGUGGAAGAUGAUGUGGUUGAUUUGUCGACGGCCACAUUGCCUCCGUGUUUGGUUAUCAUUAGGAAGGAAGACUCCCAAGAAAUCGGCGUGUUCGCCCGCGCUCCCAUCGCCAUGCAGUGCCGUUUCGGGCCGGUCGUGGCGCCCGUGAAUAGUCAUUUCAGCGAGGAGACCACACUGGCGCUGCCCUUUCCCGAGCUUGGGAAGAAGAACGCGGUGUACUUCGACAUGGCGGACGACCGCAGGUGCAAUUGGCUGAAGCACGUCCGCUUCACGCACAACGCCGCCGAGCAGAACCUGGCGGUGUAUCUCUACCAGGGCGGCGUGUACUUCGUCUCUGUGAAAGCCGUGGCGGCCGGCUGCGAGCUGAAGGCGGCCUAUUCGCCUCAGUAUGCGGCGCUCUUGACCAAGAAAUUCCUGGAUGUCCGUGGAUUUCACACUGGCCCGGACGCUGCAGAUCACAGACCCUCUGCAGCCCUUUCGAAGAUUUUACCGGUUAAUUAUUAUAUGCAAAGUGAGGCAGGGAGAAGUCGUGCGAGUGUUGAUCAAAUGGAGGAUGCCGAUACUAGCCAGAAACCGGACAGUGGAGAGAGCAUGGAAGAAGCACCAACUGGACGCUAUUCUCUUCGCCGGCGGAAACCAUCCCAUCGAAGUAAUUCGCCUGUUGGUAGAAGUGAGAAAGUGGUUAGCAGCGUCGUCGAUGAUGAAAGGGAAUCCGGAACCAAGGAUCAGGAAUCGCACCAUGACGACGAAGCGCAGAAAGAGCCCGAAUCUGAACCGGAAUACACCCCCAAACCCACUGCCUCUGGCAGUCCAAAGAAACCGGGUCGAAAGCGGAACGCCUCCACCGGUCGUGUCGAGCACGUCAAAGUCAAGAAGACCGCCGCAUUACUCCAGAACAUCCCCAAAGCCCCGCAGCGCAAACCGCGAACGGCGAAACUGGAUAUGCCGUCGUUUUUGUUCAAAUUCAAGCACUCCUGCAAAGAAUGUGGACUGCACUUCCGCUCGGCGGAGUUGUUGCAGCUGCAUAAUCUUUUGCAUCUUCCGGAAGAGCAGCGAGGCGGGGAUGUGGAGCGCAAGUGUCCAAAGUGCGGGAUUGUGCGGCGGAACGCGGAGAUCAUGGUCAAGCAUGUCAGGCAGCACGCUCGCACCACUGACCAACUGGAUCCCGAGCGGCAGAAGUGUCCGUUCUGUCACAAGUACUACGUGCAUUUGCGCAGCCAUCUGGAUCUCACACACCGUGAACAGUACCGGCAGGGACCGGAUUUGGAUGAAACGGGCUUGAAGUAUCAGUGUGAUGUGUGUCAGUUGAGAUUUCGAACAAUUCACGGCCUGAAGAGCCAUUCGCAGACACACGUGGAAAACGGCCCCAAGCUGAGCCAGUGCUUGAUUUGCAACGAGUAUUUCAAAUACUCCGAGCUGCAGAAGCACACUGAAUCGCAUGUUGUGGAGGAGCGCUUCCCCUGUCCCUCGUGUACGGGAACCUAUCCCACCUACAAAAGUCUAACCCGCCACGUCCAAGCGGCCCACGACCCUUCCAAAGUGCUCAUCUGCCACCUCUGCCAGAAGGUGUACGUCACACGCUCCCGACUCAAUCGGCAUAUGCUGUCGCAUUCCAACACCUUCGCCUUUAUCUGUGACCACUGUGGGAAGCAGUUCAAAAUCAAACAACAAAUGCAGCGUCAUAUUGAGCGGGUGCAUUUGAAGAUCAACACGGAGAAGUUAAAGGCAGCGGAAAGAGGAGAAGAUCCGAAAGACAAGGACGCAAAUAAGGCACCGUAUCUGCGACCGCGGUUGAGAAUGGCUUUCGAAGAGUUCCCGUAUAAGUGCCAGGAAUGCUCCUUGGGCUAUUUGCAACGGGGAAAGUUAGUUAACCAUAUCUUAAUGCGGCAUCCGGAAAUGAAUUUGGAUGAUAUUCCCGCUUGAGCGGCGUCUGUUUUAGCCUGUCUGAAUUGCUUAUCAAUAUCAUCGGCGCAAUGUUUUUGGUGAUAGCAACGAUUAUGACUUGCCUUUUGUUAAAAAUAAACUUUCAAGUUAAUGUCAUCCUGUAAAUUUGUAAAUUAA